AUGCUUUUUAGAUUUUGUUUUUGUUUUUUGCGCUGUUUGUUUUACUAUGUGUUGAGAAUUUGCAAUUUUUCAACCACCCUUAUGAAUAGUUAUCGGCUAUUGACACGAAAGUAUAGCUCAACUGCGUUGAUUGAAAAUGUUGGUCAGUACUUGAAACAUUGCAAGCUCAAAAAAGUCAAUACCACGUCGACGGUGUUUCGUGGUACACUAUAUGAGUUUCACGUGAAACAUCUACUUGAAUUAAAGUUGCACGGUAAAAAUAUGAUUCGAUGUGGUGGAUCUUAUGACAACGGAAUAGAUAUUAUAGGACAAUGGGACCUUGAUCCAUUCUACCAAAUUUCGUUAAAGAUGAACAAUGUGGAACAUAAGAUUCACAAUGCUUCACUACUUCACCUUCUACCAGGAACAUCUACCAAACGCCCUAUUUCAUUACUGAAUGAUAUACAACUUGUGGUUCAAUGUAAAAACACCAAAAAGAGGCUUGGAGCAGCUGAAGUACGGCAAUUGUCAGGGAUACUAGAGUACCAUAAAUUCAACAAGAAACGAACGUUUAUGAUGAUGGUGAGCCCUCAUCCAUUAACCGUGCAAGGCAUAACUCAAUUGAACAAGUCUUCGUAUCCAAUGAUAAAUCUUAUUGUUUCACCAUUGAAAAAUGAAAUGGAUCACUACGAUUAUGACAAUUGGGAAGGUGGAAGUUUGUGUUCUGCUUAUUUAAAUCAUGCGGCAACAAAGGUGCUUAGCGGGUUCAGAAUGGAACAACAAUUGCUACAAUUGAUAAAAUAA